CUAUCUUGUGGGAAGCUGUAAUGAGGCAGUUUCUCAUCCUACUCCCUAGAUGCACUAAGGCACAGAACUUUCCACCUCUCUCUGUUUGGUUCCUGAUGCAGACUGUAAAACAGCUAGCUGCAGUCUAGAGCUGGCUCUUUAGCAACAGAGUGCCCACUGCUCGUGUUGCCUGCCAUCUUGCUCCUUUGUUUCGAUGUCAUCCUGUGGGUAAAGGGAUAUGAGGACCUGAUACUAUGCUGAUCCUGCUCAUGCUGCCUGGGUUUCACUCCAGCAUCUGCUGUUGCCACCACUACUAGUUCAAGCACCAUGUUUUUUACCUCGUUAUCAACUGCUUUUACCUCCACUGCUGCUACCAGGAUGUCAUCUACAAUUUCAACGAGUAACACCAGCACUAUCACCACCACUACCACUACCACAGUCACCAGUGGCCUUACCCAGAAUCUAAAACUGGGGAGAUCAACUGGGACUAAUACCACCGUUGCAGUUGGUGUCACUUCUGUACCUUUUACUUCGACUGUUAAUGCAAUAGUAACUCCCGUGAUGGCAUAUGGUCAGCUGGAGAAUCUGACGAACAAUUGGAGCUUUGAGCUAGAGGAUUAUGAGAAAUACUUUCUUUACCAUGCCACCCAUGUCGAUGCUUGGAAACGUGCAUUGAUUGAUAAUGAUGAGAAGAUUACUACUUUAUAUGGAGAACUGGAAAAAGUGAAACUGGAUCAGAAAAGGUUGGAAGAAGAACUGGAUUUUAUCCUGUCAGAGCAGAAGGAGCUAGAAAAUAUUUUGAUACCUUUAGAGGAGUUUCUGAAGGACCAGAGCAGGCGCAGGCCCUUUUAUCUGCAGUAUCCAGAUGAGGAGCGUGAGAGGAUUUACAAAUUAGCAGAAAUUAUUGAGGCUCAACUGAAACAAAUGUCCCAGGAUCUCAAGGACAUUAUUGGUCACCUGAAUUCAUUGGAAAGUCGUGCUGAAUCUACUGACCCGCUCCAGAAGAUCUGCAAAAUUCUGAAUGCUCACAUGAAUUCUUUGCAAUGGAUUGAACACAAUUCAGACAUGCUGCAGAGAAAGGUAGAAGAGAUAACAGCGUUACAAGCAGCAGCAUACAAUGUCAAGAUUGCUUUUGAUUAAAUAACCAUAUCUUCAGCAUGUUGUUUUUGGAUUAUUUGUUACCUGCAAAUUCUGAUGAUUUGUAAUAGAGCAGUAUUUACAGUUGCUAUUUCAUCUUUGGUUGCAAUAAAGUGUGUGCAUGUA